CCACCCGCGGUAUUGUAACCUAAAUAAAAAAUACUAGGAAGAAGCUAACCCUGCUAAAGGUUGUAUAAUACAACUUGUAUUCCAUAUAUUCCAUUGCACAGCAUUCUCCGCUGAUGUUGUUGAUAUGAGUAAAAUGUGAAAGAAAGUAGGGAAGUGUAUAAAUCUCUUGGUUGGGAAAGAAUUUAAUUUAGUGACGAACAAAUUGACCCUUGACCUCUCAUCCUGGAUGGAUUUGGACCAAGACGAGACACUUUUCAGAGGAAACAAGCCAACCACAGAAUACACCCCUACCCACAAUUGUUUCCAGGAGAAUGGUAUGUGUUGCUGUUACAUAAUAAUAGCGUGUGGAGGGUAGAUCUGCGGGGGUCGGGGAAAUGAAAAUGCCCGGAUUCGGGUAUCCUUCGGACCCAGGUCGGACUGGGCGGAGAAAGUUCUUCAUUAUUAUUGAUUUUAUCCAUCGAGCUGCUAAGGACGACGGCGUGUAGGCUCCAUUUAAAGGGUUCAUGCGUCGGGCUAAACUUAAAUUUGUUCCUCUUACCAUUGUUUGUUUACAACUAACAAAACUUAACUAAUAUUCGGCAAAAUAAUACUCGAGAGGUACAAGAAACUAGGGGGAAAGACAGAACUGCCAAUUUUUUGGAAUUUUUUUACUACACAUUUUUUAUUACGGAAGGAUUUUACCAUUUUAAGAAAUUAUUGUAUAAGAAGUAACAGGGUGAAAUAAACGAAAUCGCUCGGUUAUUUUGAUUGUGAUGUGGUUUGUCAUUGUUAUACUAAUGUAAUGAUUAGAUUGAAAUUGACUAGUUUACACUGAGAUUUUGAUUUAGUCAAGUAAAAUAUACAAUAAUGUGAUCGUGUAGCAAAAAAUAACCAGUAUUCAGCAAUCAACCGUGAAAAUAAGCGAAUGCAUAAAAAAUAUUAUUCUCACUCAACAGGCAGUCAGAAUCAGAUACAAACUUUUGUUGAACUAUUGACCGCAACCGACUGAUUGGGAAAUCUUUGACCGAUGGUGACCAUGAACGGGGACGACGCGUCGACGGUCGCAUUGCUGCCCUCUGUUGCUGCUAAUCUUGAUGACCAUGGUUUGGAUGACGAUGACGAUGGAAUGUCAGAUGAUUCAGAGUCAUUUGCCGACUGUCAUGACCUUAUGUCAGCCACGAUGGAAGACGAAGUUACUGCCCAACUUGCUGCUGCAGGGCCCGUUGGGAUGGCGGCUAGUAUGGCAAUCGCAUCAGCAAAAAAACGUAAACGACCUCAUCAGUUUGAAACAAACCCCUCAAUAAGAAAACGGCAACAGACACGACUACUGAGAAAGUUGCGACAAACUAUAGACGAAUUCACGAUUCGAGUCGGGAUGCAAGCCGUAGUGCUUGUCGCGAUCCCAGGCAAACCACAAAACAGCUUUAAAUGUUUCGGUGCCAAACCCUUAGAAGAUGUCAUAAGAAAUUUACGGCCUGUCGUUAUGCAAGAAUUAGAAGCUUCCCUGGCUCAACAUGCGCCUGCCCCUCUUCCAGAAGAUCCCUCCCUGCAUGAACUGCCCCCAUUAGUUAUCGACGGGAUUCCCACUCCAGUGGAAAAAAUGACACAGGCCCAACUCCGAGCAUUUAUUCCACUGAUGCUCAAAUACUCAACGGGAAGGGGGAAACCAGGCUGGGGCAAAGAAUCGACUAGACCCCCUUGGUGGCCACAAGAUUUACCCUGGGCAAAUGUACGAAUGGACGCAAGAACUGAGGACGAAAAACAAAAGGUUUCAUGGACGCACGCUUUACGACAAAUUGUAAUUAAUUGCUAUAAGUAUCACGGUCGGGAAGAUCUGUUACCCGUGUUUAACGGUGAAUCCGACGAGCACGAUAUAAAACCCCCAAUCGUUAAAAUCCCAAAGGCAAGCCCCCAUAUCAAUAUUUCCACCAUGAACAACAAUUCCACGACUCAAGUCGUAACCACCACGCAAUCUCAAAAUCAAUCUAUUACGCAAACUAUUCCGGUGCAUCAAUUCCCCUCCACUGUUUUACAAACGAUAAGUAACCCUGACGGAACCGUCUCCAUUAUCCAAGUCGAUCCUUCCAACUCUUAUAUCCAGUUACCCGAUGGAACGCAUGCCCAAGUUCAGGGAGUUGCUACCUUACAACACUCUGGUGAUGGUCAAGGCGGCGACGGAGACAAUAUGCCCGUAACGCUCGACCUAAACUCAGUCGCACAAGCCGCACUAGCCGGUCAAGAAGGGCAAAUAAUGCUGACCGGAGAGGACGGACACGUCUACCCGGUAACGGUUUCGGGCAUGAUUAGCGUCCCUAUGCCAUCCAACAUGUAUCAAACUGUGGUGGCCAAUAUUUCCUCAAUCCAAGCACAACAUGGGUCCGAUGGGACGUUACAGACAAAAUACGUAGUCGAAUCUCCAAUUAGUGUCCAAUCUCCUUUGAGGAAAGGACGACUCAUUCCAGUUAAUAGUGCAAUUAAUGUCGUGUCACCUAUGGUACUGCCCAAAAUUGAACCCGGUACUGAAGGCGAGACGACGGCUAUACCUGUCAGCGCGUUAACUGGGGAUCCAACUCAAACGCAAGUCGUCCACGUGAACGCUAAUGGACAGGUGUGCUUUGGUGACAAAAUCUACCAAAUAUGUGAAUUUCUCAAACCGGAAAACCACGAAAAGGUUAUCAUGAUGGCCGAAGUGACAAAUCAUCAGCAAAUCCAACAAUCUCACCACCACCAGCUCCAACAACACGUCCAUCACGAGAUGCAAGGGGAAGAAUCUCAACAAGACCAAGAGGAGGAGCAGGACGACGAUAACAAUAGCAAAGUGAUACAAGACGACGGGGGACAAGGGGAUGACCAGCAGCAGCAGCAGGACGUGGAAAUGGAAAAUGGUGAAAGUUAGUCAUUGUUCGUUCCAUUGCCAAUCCCAAGAAUUUAAUCAAUAUUAAGUACUACCAAGUACCAACUACUAUUACUACUACCACUGCGAGUGAGCAUGCAACAAUAGUCAUUUUCAUACGUCGUCGUCUCUCAGAAUGUGCUUACAAAUACAAUACAGUAAAAAUUACCGAUCUUAAGUGAGAAGCGAAAAAUAUUUUUUUGAAAUGCAAUAUUUUAUAUUUCUAGUUUUAUUACGACUCUGACAAUUAAUUAUUUCGGUUUGUGCGUUUAGAUUUAUACGAAUUGUAAUUACCCGUUCGUUAUAUUACUUAUAUUCGCCCUUUCAUCUCGUGUGUACAUUACUCGUGUAUAAAAACAUAAUAUGUAUUAAACAUUAGUCCAGUAUUUUACGCCUGAUUAUUUAUCCACCUAGUUUAUUCUCGUCUCGUAAUUUUACCAUCAUAUAAUUGCUGAUUUUCUUGUUGCUAUUUACCAUAUACUGUUAUAUAUUUAUAAGAACAAAGUAAAAACUUGUCGAAAAACACCGACCUACCAAACCAUAACCUUAUUGUUAUUACUAUACCUUAUCUCAUCUUUUUUUAUCUCGGUCAUAUGAGAAUAGUCAUUUACACAUAGAGACUGUCUAAUAAAUAACUGUGUAGCCGUAUUUAAUAAUAAGAUGCGUGCGUGGACAAGUACAAUUACAUUUGUUCGUAUAAUAAUAAGUUAUAGGUUAACUUACUAGUAUUACCAAUACCAUUCUAUUUCUAUCGUGAGACGAUCUCAACAACCUUUUUCAUCAAUAAUAUGUAGGAAAAGGAAAAGUAAAAACAAAACAAAAAUACAAGUUAAGUCCGAGAUUUGUUUAUUAUACAUAAGUCAUAAUAAAUAAUUAAAUGGACCGUAUUUGAAAAAUCAAUAAAGUAAAAUGUACGAAAACGCGUUACGUAAUUAUCUCUUGAAUUAAAAAAAUUAUUUUAUUUUUACCAUCUUUUACAGGGUCUCCAAAAAUUUGAUAAUAUUAAUAAUAAAAUACUUAAAAGUUAA